AUGCCACCCUCCGCCCGGCGCGCGAGUGCCCCCGCAGGGAAGCGGGGGAAAUCGGGCAGCAUCAAGAAGGAGAAGGCAACUUACCACAAGCAGAAAUAUGCCCGUGAACAAAUGAUGCAGCGGAAACGCGGCGGGGCCCAGGGCAAGCCGUCCACUAGCCAUCAGGCAGGGAGCAGCGCUGGACAGAGGCAGCCACGGUCGGCGCGCACGAACAACAUCGACAUCCAUCUGGCAGCCAAAGUGUCAGCAGAGUUACGCGUGGACUUGUCAAAGUUCAAGUGCAGGUUAAAUGCAACGGAUCUCUUUGGACAAGACCUCGGCCAGGUCUUCAAGUUUAUCCCACCACCCUUUGUGCAGCAGCACCUGCCAGACGAUGUGAGAUCCCUCCGUUCAUACAUGAGCAAGUUUGAACGCGGGGCCCCAAGCAUUGUGCAUGCCUUCAUCAUGUGGUACGAGUGGGCUUCCUACGAGCUAAACAAGGGCAAAAGCCACGGUCAUUCCUCGAAGAAGCACGAAUUUGGGAGACAAGAGGCCCCCGCAGCGGGGGAUGACGAGAUUGAUGAGAGGGAAGCCCAGGAGGAGCAGGAUGCCAAUAAUGAGAAAAAACACGGCAAAUUUAGUCAGACACGUGCUGCUUUAUCUAAAACUGUAAAAGAACGAGAACACAUUCGAGCCUUGUUACAAAUGUGUUUAAGACACAAUUCAUCACGUCGCAGAGAAGGACAACAUGCGUUUGUAAAUCAUUUAAAAACAAAAUUAGCAGACGAUGCAGACUGCCACUCUUUGAAGAGUUUACGCGAAACGGCUCAUCAUGCCAUUCCAUACGCGCUUUCACGUUUAUUACUUGGAAUGGUUACUGAAGACAUGGCCAUGAUUCUCCUGCAUGCACACACCUUAUUUCUGGCAUUGCGGGAAACUACCGUGACACCUUCCGUUAUUCUCUCACUCAUUGGUGAGGAACUGACCUUGGAUGCUCGUCUUAAGGCUGCGAAAACUCGGCUUGAGGCGCGUGCAGCCAAGACACACACGAUGACGCAGCAACAGCCGGCAGACGAGGAGUUGGAUGACAUUGACCCUGACGCAAUCAAUGACCCUACUAAGGGGGAACGAAAUCAACGUUUGAUCGCCACUGUCUUUGCAGCCGCGGUAUUAGUCGCUAACACCCAUAAAUUGCAGCUGGAAGAUGCACGCCAUCUUGCCCAUUAUUUGUGUUUCGCAUACAUUGAGCAGAAGGCCUUGCGGGUGUUAACUGCUAAUAUUCUUUUCAAGACCUUUGAGGCAUUCCCAGCUCUCUGGGAAGACAAAACUGUGCUGGAUUGGUUGUCGUACGCCUUUUUUAUAUAUCCUAAGCUGGAGUACUACCGCCCAGAGGGGGUUCAGCUGCUGCUGCGCCUUAUGAUGAUGGAGGAAAAACCCCAAAACAUGGCCAAAGGACUUCCUGAUGUGGUGCUAAGGUACGCCGCUAUGGAUCCCUUGGAGCCCUCCACGGUGGAGCAGCUUGCCAACGCCUUAUUUCGCAAGGAGCAGGUCACAAUGGUGUACCCGAUGGUGCACCCAGUGUGGACGGACUGGUUCGAGAUUGUGGUACAGCGCUGCGCCGCGGGUGAGUCAAUGAAGGAACACUUGAGCACGAUGAUGCAUAACGCCAUUGCGCCUUACCGCCGUGGCAACGCCGACGCCCCACGGCGUGCUUUAUUUCAGCAACUUGUCUCUCGCCUUGGCCAACUGGCCGUUCAAAACGACGAUGCGGAACAGCGAGCUGAAAUGCUGCAGAUGGCUAGCAAAACGGUUGGGUAUGGUCAACGCACCCUCGCCAAGGCUACUGACAUCUCAGAGCUUCGAUGCCUACCGCUAGACAUGCUUGACAGGAAGGUGCGUGACCUCCUCCGGCAGUACCGUGCCAUACUUAACUCGGACCCGUCCGCCUAUGCAAACCGCACCUGGGUGUUGCGUGAGUUACGGUCCUGUCUUUACGUUCCUCUUCGGGACGGUGUGGCGUGCACGUACAUUGAUGAGGCUGCAGAGGCACUUUUGGAGUUUGGCUUUUACCCAACUCCGCCGCACCGUGACACACGCAGCAUGAAUCGUGCUGUUUUUCUUUUUGCGGAGGUUUUCUCUUUCACCUAUGCGGCGGCGUUGUCCCGACCCAAGUGCACAUUGUGUCCAUUGAAUAUUAUCCACGCCUAUCUUGAGGCGGAACGGCGCGAAAAAACGCGGUACACUACUGGGCUUAACCAUGGCAUUUUUCGAAAGGCACGAAAUCGCAUUGUUGAGGCGUUAGAAAAAACUUCGAAGCGUAGCGUUCUAUUUUACGCGGAACGCGACAUGCACAUAUUGCUUGUGCUGUUGUUUUUGGUCCUGAGCACGGAUGACCACACCAAUGAAGAGGCCAAGGCAUUGGCAACCUCGACUGUGCCGGAUCUUUGCCAUUUUUUCCUUACGGGCUCAUUAGAGACUAUUGACCUCUUUUUCGAUGUGUUAAUGGCACUUGUUAUGCGGUCAACGGCACCGAUUCACGUGAUACCGCUGCUGACAUGCAUCCGUCGCAUUGCCACUGGAUACCUACUCAAGUUUGCCCGCUACGUACGGGAGCGUGUGACGCUUGACUUGGUGCUUGCUCCUCUUCGUGAGGCCUUUCACACCGACGAUCGGGAGAAGGCGCGGCAGGCAAAGGCAAAAGGCGAGAUAGAUAAGGACGACAGUGACGACGAUGACGACAACGACAACGAGAGCAACACUUGUAAUGAUAAUGAUAAGGAUGAUGAGGACGGCGAAGAUGAGGAGGAUGAUUCGGAUGGCACCUCUGACAUAAGUGAAUCCGAGGAAAGUACAAGCACGGAAACCACGGCACCUGACGACGAGGCUGAAGACGAUAACGGCGAAGCGGCGGCCACCGCCGACGAGGAUGCAGCGAUGGAGGAAGAACCAGAAGAGGAAAAUGACGACGACGAAGAGGAAGAGGAGGCUCCCACGCAACAAUAUAUUGACGCCCUCAAAGGCAUGAUUGGUAAUGUGGAUUUACAGUUUGUUUACCCGGUUGAUGCAUCGAAUAAAGAUAAAAGUAAUGUCGUGCGUGCGAUUCAAAUUGCGGCGCGUGUUGGGGCGUCGAUGCGUUCCCCGCUGAUUUUGCACAUCUUUCAGGUUCUUUUAGCCGUCUGCCGCGAGAAUGUGAAGUCACCGGACGAUGUCAUCUUCAAUAGUGCUAUCUCCUCCAUUCAGCUGCUGAUGAUGUCCAAGCACCGAUACUUUGGUCGGUUUCUUGUGGCAGAAGAGCUGUUUCAGCUGCUUUCUGACAUUCAGAGUUUCUGUCGCAAGUUAGACCACGUGCUGGUGCGCAAGGAGAGUAAGUCCGCCAAACACGCAGUUGUUAUACGUCGCCGAAUGGGGUUGCUGAGGGAUGUGGCUCUACGCGUGUUUCACUUUGUCGCCUUUCUUGCUUAUAAAAAUCACGCCGGUGAGGACGUCCGGGUGACACUUGUGGAGUUUUACAAAUCUAUCUUCUGUGACCGCGGCUGGGACGACAAAAAACGUUUACCAGGCAUCAAGCGUGACAUGCACCACUAUCGCCACGGCUUUGGCUGGGUAGUGCUGCCCACAGCGUUCGAAAAAUUCCGUGAGGUGGAGGGUAUUGCGGGACCACAGCGCGUGCGUGUGUUUAAGGGCUGCUGCCAGAUGAUUGAGGCGAUGCUUCCACGGCUUUCUGGCCUGGGCAUGUCGCUGAAAACCGCUACCGGCGUCGCCAUUGCGUCAUUCCUGCAGUCCACAACCAUUCGGGGCGUGUACGAGAUGAAGUACACACUCUUGUACGACUACCUCCACUGCUUGAAGAUGGUGGCAAAGUAUAACAGCCGCGUGCACCUCGACACCGUAUGGCUUGCCUCGGUUGUAGAGGAGGCUGUCAACGAUGAUUCCUUCCAAAUGUCCGCGGCGUCCAUUCGCCUCCUCGCUGCGCUGGAGCGACUGCUCAGUCUCACACCACGUGCUAAAGAGACAAAGGCGCCCGUUCCGGUCAAGGUGCUCUAUCAACAGUUUGAGAAACAGGGACGAAAGGAGAAGGCUGCCUUUUACAAGCGAGCAAAGCGUGUGCGUGAAAAGGUUGUCAAGGCUCUUGUGGCGUACCGUAAUGGUGAUUUGACCGACGCAGAGCGGGCCCUCAAACGACGUCGCCGCGAGACGAUGAAGAUUGAUGAUCGCCUGAAACGACAGGUGCUCCGUGAGGAGAGGUCGCGGACCCUGACAAAGGAGGAAAAGGAGGAAAAACGCAAGCGCAUAAUGAUGGCCAAGCAGGAGCGCAUAGCGAAGAACCGGGAGCGCAAACGCCGCUUGCACGAGCACCGCGAGAAGGCGUUUCAACGUUGGCGGGAACAGAAGCUGGCAACAGCAGCGGCAAUGGAGUGA